AAAAUUUUGAACAUGACCGAAAAGCCGUAUUGCUCUCUUUUCGCCGCGAACGUGUGCUGUUUGCGAAUAUUUAUAUGCGUUUGGUGUCUGAAUUUCAGGUUGUUGGUGCUUUAUUAAGGCUGUUGAAGCUUUGCCACCUUGUUGUCACCCAUAUUUUCAUCGAUAUGAUAUCUAUAGGAAGGGCAUUGGGUCUGACACUCAGGAUAUCUCCAGUUUUGCCCACUUCUUCUCACACAGUUUCAAAGAGAUGGAUGUCAGCUCUAGCUCGACGGAAGUUCUACAAAUCUGUCAGUAUUGCUGGCUCGGAUGGCAAAUGGGAGGUCAACUUGGACCACAGAAAGCUUAAGACCCCAGGUGGUCGGCUGCUGCAGGUGCCAAACAAGGAGCUGGCCCUCGGAGUGGCAUUUGAGUGGGACUCUGUUACAGAGCAUAUCCAAACCAGCCAGAUGCACCUGACAGGUCUAUGUUUCACUGUACUGGACAACCCGCACAAGAGGACUGACAAGGACCUGGCAGAGAAAAUCACCGGAUACCUGGAUACUGACACUGUGCUCUUCCCAGUGGAGCACCCCACGGAGCUGGCUGAGGCCCAGCGGCGCGAGUGGGGAGCCGUGCUCGAGUGGGUCCGACACCGCUUCGGCGUGGACCUGCAGCCGGCCGAGUCGGGGUCGCUGGUCUGCAGCGUGCCGCAGCAGACGCUGGACGUGCUACAGGAAUACCUCCUAACGCACAACACAUGGACUCUGACGGGUCUGUUGUUCGCCGUCGAGUCGGUUCGGUCGACGGUGCUGCCUCUGGCGGCUUUGGAGCGGAAACUGGUGCCGAGGGAGGUGGCCCGGUUAUCGCGACUGGAGGCAGAAUAUCAGGCUGACGUCUGGGGCCGCGUAGAGUGGGCCCAUGACGUGGACAGUCUGGACACAGAGGCACGCGUCGCCGCCGGCAUGCUGGUCGCUCACCUCUGUUCGUCAGCGACCGCGCACAACGUUAAACAUAAACACGCGGGGUGAACAGCAAUAGCAGGCGACAGCAUCAGCAGCAACAGCAGGAAGCAACAGCGAGUUGAACAGCGGAGAAGAGGAAGGAUUCAAGGAGCCAAUUUCAGGCAAGCCCGGCUGUUCUUGCCGGUCGAAAGAAUGGCUGUCGGUGAUCGUAACUCGUGUGGUUGGUCUGUUUAUAUCAUGUGAUUCUGUGAGCGGUGAGCUUGGGAACGCGUCUUGUUUGUGAGUUUGUUAUUGGUUGGAGCUUUGAGAGGGGAUAGGGAAAUGUGUGGCCUUGGAAUAGGACUGGUCACUGGCGGGCACUCACUGGGUCUAACGUUACCCGUUGAUACCCUGCCACUUCCUUCGCUCUGGCCUGGCCAAAAUCCAUGUUUUUAGGGAUCUUUGUACAUAAAUGAGUCUAGUCCAUCUUAAGUUAUUUCGCCACGCUUCUAUUCUACUGUAAUUAAUGCUAUCAGCUGCAACAUCGCAGUGUCUUCAGCAUAUGAGUCCCAAUUACUUACUUACUUUUCAUAUUUCUGGAGCCGUUUUAUUUGCUGCGAUCCCAAUAUGCAGUCUCUUUGAAACGAGGUGCUUCAGUGAACGGUAAAUGUUAUUGACAAAUUAUAUCAAUUUCCUUCAAUGGCAUUGCCACCCAAUAAAGGUUCCGGGAACAAAAUCCCGAAUUACUUUUCAAUUCCCUAUUCGAUUCCUGGCAUGCUCCGUUGCGUAUGGUUGAACGAAGGCCGACUGUUAGUCGCGACGUGCCAUGAAUUUUUGAACAUCUGUAGAUUUUUUGACGUGUUGAGUCAGUCGUGGGUCUCCAGCCAGCGUAGGCCAGUCAGUCACCUUACUUGCUCGAUAUUGUGUUCAUAGGCGUUGAGGAAUGUAAGGAAUGACAAGCCCAAUUUCCGCUCAGUUUGAGAACCUUGUAAUAUUUUCUCGGAGUGCGAAGAAGUCAGUCGCUCACAGCAGCUGAUGCUGUACUAUAGUGCAAAUGUGGAUUGUUGAGCUAAAACCAACUCAUUUUCGAGACAUGUUUAUUACAUGAGCAAACACACACGGAACGCAAGGGCGUAUACAUACAAUAAAUAUUGUUACAAUGUGCACUACA